AUGGACACCACUCCGAUUGUCCUCGAUCAAGGUACUGGUUUCGUCAAAAUCGGACGGGCUGGCACCAACUUCCCUGACCACACAUUCCCAUCGCUUGUUGGUAGGCCCAUCUUGAGAGCUGAAGAGAGAAAUGCAUUGGUGCCUGACAAUAUCGAAAUCAAGGACAUCAUGUGCGGCACUGAAGCCAGCGAAGUGAGAUCGUUGUUGCAAAUAAGUUAUCCAAUGGAGAAUGGUAUCAUCAAGAAUUGGGAAGAUAUGGAACACUUAUGGGACUACGCGUUUUAUGAAAAGAUGAGAACACCUACUGAGGGCAAGAAAAUCUUAUUGACCGAGCCUCCAAUGAACCCUUUAAAGAACAGAGAGACUAUGUGCGACGUGAUGUUUGAAAAGUACCAGUUCGGCGGUGUUUACGUGGCCAUUCAGGCUGUGUUGGCCUUGUAUGCUCAGGGGUUAAGCUCUGGUGUAGUUGUUGAUUCCGGUGACGGUGUCACUCAUAUUGUUCCGGUUUACGAGUCGGUUGUGUUGAACCACUUGACGAGAAGAUUGGAUGUGGCUGGUAGGGACGUCACUAGAAAUCUCAUCAACUUGUUGUUGCGCAGAGGCUAUGCCUUUAACAGAACAGCUGAUUUUGAAACCGUUCGUCAAAUAAAAGAAAAGUUGUGCUAUGUUUCUUGUGACUUGGCGUUAGAUCAUAAAUUGGCUACGGAAACAACAACGUUGGUUGAAACGUACGAGUUACCUGACGGACGUGUGAUUAAGGUGGGCUCUGAAAGGUUUGAAGCACCAGAGUGCUUGUUCCAGCCCAAUCUCGUGGAUGUUGAGCAACCAGGUGUGGGUGAGACAUUGUUCAACACAAUCCAGGCCGCUGAUGUUGACAUCAGAUCCUCUCUUUUCAAAGCUAUUGUCUUAUCUGGUGGUUCCUCUAUGUACCCUGGGUUGCCCUCAAGAUUAGAGAAAGAGCUCAAGCAGUUGUGGUUAACGAGAGUAUUAAAGGGCGACCCUAGCAGAUUUGAUAAGUUCAAGAUCAGAGUGGAGGACCCUCCUAGAAGAAGACACAUGGUCUUCAUUGGUGGUGCUGUCUUGGCUAACAUCAUGUCUGACAAGGAUCACAUGUGGAUAUCAAAGCAGGAGUGGGAAGAACAAGGUCCAAGGGUGUUGGAGAAGUUGGGUCCACGUUAA